UAGCGCAAUGACUACAGGCAAUCAGAAAGUAUCUUAUUAUUACGAUGGGGAUGUAGGGAAUUUUUAUUAUGGACAAGGGCACCCGAUGAAGCCUCAUCGUAUACGAAUGACACAUAAUCUCCUGCUGAAUUACGGACUGUACCGCAAGCUAGAAGUUUAUCGACCAUUCAAGGCUAGUUUUGAGGAAAUGUGCAAGUAUCAUACGGAUGAGUAUGUCAAAUUCUUGCAAGAAAUCAUGCCUGAUAACAUGUCAGAUUACAGUAAACAACUGCAGCGGUUUAACGUGGGAGAAGACUGCCCUGUGUUCCAUGGCCUCUAUGAUUUCUGUCAAAUUUCUUCUGGAGGAAGUAUCGCAGGAGCUGUAAAGUUGAACAAAAAACAGACAGAUAUCGCCAUCAAUUGGGCGGGAGGCUUGCAUCAUGCCAAGAAAAGUGAGGCAUCCGGUUUCUGUUAUGUUAACGAUAUCGUGCUGGCUAUUUUGGAGCUCCUCAAAUACCAUCAACGAGUGUUGUACGUGGAUAUUGAUAUCCACCAUGGAGACGGAGUAGAAGAGGCGUUCUAUACAACCGAUCGAGUGAUGACAGUGUCGUUCCACAAGUACGGGGAAUACUUUCCCGGAACUGGUGAUCUGAAAGACAUCGGCGCUGGCAAAGGCAAGCAUUAUGCAGUAAACUUUCCAUUGCGAGAUGGAAUAGACGAUACCAACUUCAUCAAUAUCUUCGAGCCGAUCGUGACCAAAGUGAUGGAGACAUACAGACCCAGUGCAGUUGUGUUGCAGUGCGGAGCCGAUUCGCUUUCUGGAGACAGACUUGGAUGUUUCAAUCUCACUCUCAAAGGUCACGCGCAUUGUGUUGAUUUCAUGAAAACAUUCAACGUGCCACUAUUGAUGCUUGGAGGCGGAGGCUACACCAUCAAGAACGUUGCCAGGUGCUGGACUCUGGAAACAGCGAGAGCUUUAGGUGUCGAAGUCUCAAACGACCUUCCCUAUAACGACUAUUUUGAGUACUAUGGUCCAGACUUCCACCUUCACAUCACACCUACAAACCAAAGCAACCAGAAUUCAAACGAGUAUCUGGAAAGCGUGAAGACAAAGGUGUUUGAGAACCUAAGAAGCAUCCCUUUCGCACCUGGACAGCAGAUGAGAGAUAUUCCUGUGCACACAACUGUCGAGCCAGAAGUUCCAGCUGACCAGCCACAUUACUUUUAA